AGGCCUUUGCAUUAUAGUUUGAAGAUUGAAGAUUAUUGUAUACGAAGAAUUGAUAGAUGGAAAAUUCUACUCGUCAAAUUCAACAUACUCCACCAAAACCAAGGAGGCUUGUUGAUAAUGCUGCUGAGGUCCGCCGUCGAAAAGAGGCCGCUGAGCGCCUCAUUAAAGAAAGGCAUGAGGCGCUACGACGUCAGCAUGAAGAGAAAAUUCACAAAAUUAAUGAAGAACGUAUGCGCCUACAGAGAGAAUUAAAAGAGAGGCAUGCAAAAGAAUUGAAAAGGCAACAAGAUGUACUGCAAAGGAGGAUGGCUUUGAUGGAACGUGACAAAGCCAGGAAGCAGGAAAUCUUAGAGAAGAAUCAUGCUGUAGCUUCACGCCUCUCAACGAAUUCAUCCCGAAAAAAUUAUGCAUUUGGUUCGUCUACUCCGCGAGAAUUGUCCUUCUUGGAUCCGCGAAUAUUAAAAAUGAGUGCUAUGGAGAAACGUUACUCACCAGACAAACAGCAAUCACCACCGAACGGUGCAGUAAAUGUUAGUGCCAUAAAUGCUCGUCGCGGUCGUUCGAUGGCAUCUGUGCUGUCCACAUCACUGUAUGAUCACUCUAAUCAAGAUCGCACUCGUCACACAGCGUCUACAACUCGGCUCACACAACCGAAGACCACUCCACCCAAACCACAAAACCAUAUGACUCAGUCUGUGUAUCAUCCUGCACCAACACCCACAACUCCAGUCGCACGCUUACGCAGAAAGCCACUCAGCCAAGUCACAAACAGUGUUCCGAACACUCCACUAGCUGGCAACAAUGCACCAGCCACACCUAAAAGAUUCGAAAAGUCGAAGAACGCGAGGAAUACUACACCAAAACAUGUGGCUAACAAAAAAGCGCCAACUCCACCUCCGGCAGGAUCUACUUCUCCUCAGCGCAAGGAAAGCUUGGCGAGAUCGGACGAUAUCUCCACACCUCUUGGAGUUACAGCUUCGGAACCCCCACGCAGCGAAAAUUCCUUCACAUCAGACGAAAUUCCAAUUGAUAUGGCUGAAAAAGAAGUUCAUUAUGAAAUCUCGGUGGAUAGUCCACCCGCGGAAAUGCACCACCAUGAAAUCACACCAAAUGGUGCCGAAAAUCAUGACGUCCAUGAAAAUCCAUCAGAAGCUGAAGAAACCACGCUUGUCAAUGAGGUUGACGUAGUGAUUGAACCACCUGCCGCUGUCAUCAAUCACGCGGAACAGGCUAGCGAAGAAGAAGCCGUUGCUGCAACGUUCACGAAAGAUGUCGUCAUCACCAGUCCAACUCCGGCAGCAGACGAACAGCUCAUCUCGCCUGUGCCAAAAUCGUCAGAUGUUGAAGCUAUCCCAGUGGCUGAAAUUGCAUCACCAUUAAUUGCAGCCCCAGCUCCACAGGAGGGAGGCGCUUCGCUCGCCGACGAGCUGGCCAGUGUAUUUGGUGGCUCAACCCCUGCAGUUGCGCAUGAGCAAAACGAUGUGCAGCAGCCUCCGGUAAUAGUCGAACCACCGAGUGUUGACAUGUCAGCUGUUAUUCAAGCAGCAGAGAAUGCGCUACUUACACUUACUAAAGCUCAAGAGGCACCUCUGGUAGAAACGGCCCCAGAAAAGGCUAUGGAGACGCCUGCAGCGAAAAAAAGCGCAGAAAUUGCACACGCAGAAAUGCCCUCAGAAAAGGCUGAAGUGGAAAAACCCGUGGGAAAAGUUUCUUACGAAAACCCGCUUAUCGAUUUCAGCACUGCAGGUGAAGAGGAAAGAAACAAGUCACCUUCCAGUAUAUCUGCGGAGCCUGUACAUACAGAAGUUAUUAAUCAUGUGCAUACAAAUGGAAUCGAGCACAAAGCUCAUCCAGAAAUAGCUGCGGAGCUUCCGGGUACUGUUCCAUCGAAAGACGGCGAUGCGUCCGUAAUGAGGAAGGUGCCAACACCUCCUAAUGACUUUCUUAUAAGUACACAAGCUCAUCGAUUGCGUCGUGAGCAAGAACAGCGUGAAAUCGACGAGCGCAAAGCCCGGAUUGCUGCGAUACUUGCGAAAUCACGCGAUUUAUCAAGUGGUGCUCCCGUAGUGGGUGGACGAAUCUCACCUCCGCGAGGUGAAACCGCACAAGACGUGUUGAAACGACUUGCAACCACCAGCAAUCGAUCAGAUCGCUCCCGAGGAUCCAGCCCCGCAGGCAAUUUAGUCCUCUUGUCUUCGGCGUUUGCGUCUGAUUGUUACUACUCGACGGGUUUUCUAUUGAUCUUUGUUCUACAUCUCAUCGCAUUUCGAUAA